AUGGCUGCAGCAAUCGAGGCGGGUGUGCCUUCGUUCCAAGGCGACGAUUCUGGAGCCAUCGAAACGGCGGAGCAGCAGCGCAAGAGGUGCGAGCUUGUACCGCCGCAGCCCACCGCGGACACCUGUAACCACCCCUGGCCUGCAGUGCCGAGUGCAUGCACCUACGAGCAAGCGGCGUACUGGUACUGGUUCCAGCACUCCCUCAGCCAAAGCCGAUUCCAAGCAACGCCAUCAUUCCCCUGGACACCUGCAGCUGCCAGCUGGCUUCCGGCGUGUCCCACGCCGUACUUCGUCGCACCACAUCGCUAUCUGAUUCCUCUGGCGCACCCACGGUGGAGCGUGCCGGGUUUUCCAAACGGCGUGGCACCUCCGACCUAUAUCGUGCCACAACCGACUCCCAAGCCGACGACGACGAUUCCGGACGUGGUAUUUCGAAAUUUCCUCCCUCCGCGACCAGCCCUGCAGGCGACAACGGCAACGAUCUCGGACGUGGCAGCUCCGAAGUUUCUAGUGCCGCACUCGGCUCCGGUGAGAACGGCGACGAUACCAAACGUUACCCUGGGCGCGUUCGGAGUUCCGGCGUGGUACCCCAACCCGCCGGUUCCAGGUCGUACGGUGCAGUUCAGUGCCGGUGGAGCGAAGCCGCCGUUACCGAGUGCUUACGACGUGCAACGCGUGCAAGGCGCUCCCCUAUUUAUGAUGCGGUCAACAACGCGCAGAAAGUUGCGACAGCCGCCGCCUGCGUCCGAGACGCCGCCUCGUCCCCACCGGCAGCAUAAUGUGUGUAAGGCUCCUGACACCGCAGCUGAACCGCAUUCGUAG